AUGUAUACUUCCCUGAUGCUGUUAACGUGGGUGAAUAACACACUGGACGCGGAUAUUGGGUGCAUUGAGGAUCUGGCCACAGGAGCAGCCUAUUGCCAGUUCCUUGACAUAAUGUUCAGCGGCAUCCUGUCGCUGGAGGACGUCGCUUUCGAAACGAACCAAGAGAGUCGGUUCAGGCAGAAUUUCGAGCUGCUGCAAAAUAGUCUGGACGAGUUGAAAAUCCCCCUUACGGUUCCAGUCGAUGAUCUCGUCGGGGGUGACUUCCGGGCCAACCUGGACUUUGCCGCAACAUUCCACGAAUUCUUCAAGGACAUCACCAGAAUGAGCCUCACUCGUCUGGGACCGUAUUACCCACUGGCUGCCCGGAACUACCAGAACUUCACCCCGAAUCCGGAUGAGUUGGCUACCAUUGGCCAAGGACAACACUUCCGUGCAGGGGAGAUCGAGGGGAUGAAGCUCCUCAACGGAACCAGCGACAUUGGGCAGGGGCUACAUCACAAGUAUGAUUCAAUGGAAGAACUGCAGGGGGCACAACCCAGAAACUUGCUUUAA